CCCCGGCCGCCGGCUCCCCGAGAGCCCUCACCCACGGCUCUCGGCCCCCACCUCCAGGCCGGGCUCAGCACCCCGGCCCCGGUCGCGCCCCCUCCCACGUUCCGCUGUCCCGGGAUCUAGUUCCCGCACCGCGACACCACGCCCCACGUUCCGCACACCGGUGGCUUCGCCCCUCCCCCAGGCCCGGCUCGCGUCCCCGCCCCCAAUCGCGUCCCAGACCCGGGAUCUCCCCCUCCCCCCGCUCACGCCCGGCCCGGGUCCGCGCCCCCUCCCCCGCCCCCGCCCCCGGGCCGCGUUCCGGCGGCGCCACAGGCCUGCUUGGCUGGCGCGCCAUGGGCAGCGGCAGCAGCCGGAGCGGCCGCGCCCUGAGGCGGCUGCGCAGCCCCGACAGCCGGCCGGCGGGGCCCGGCGGGGCAGCCCCGGAGGGCGGGACGGGGCUGCCAGUCUCGGCGACGGCGGCGGCGGCCCGGGAGGAGGCCCGGGAGGCGGCGGCAGAGGCGGCGGAGGGGGCGGACGGAGCCGGACCCGGACCCGGACCCGCGGCGCCCCCCGACGGCGGGGACGAGACGCUGCGCCUGCUGGACCAGCUGCUGGCCGAGUCGGCGGCCUGGGGCCCCGGGGAACUGGCCCCGCGGGGCCCGGCGCGGCCCCGACCCGCAGCCGGCGCCGGGAGCCCGGUGUCCCCAAAACGGAGCACUGAAGACCACCCAGAGAGCAGCAGUGUCUCUGAAGCCCCAGGCAGCUGCCACAAGAGGCCUGAGAGGCAGUCAGCCAUCACGUACGACUACUCCGAGGAGGAGCUGAUGGCCAGCAUCGAGCAGGAGUACUGCUGCUAAGGCUGGUGCUGCAGCAGCCCCGUGGUCACCCAGCGGCCAAUGCGCUGUUCCUCCCAGCCCCAGCCCCAGCUGACUGGGUCUCUUAGGAACCUAGGCUGGGCGCACACAUCCCCCUUCCCCGCCCAGGGCUCUAGCUGGAGCUUAGCCACCUCCAACAUGCACUUACUCCCAGAUCUUUCACAACUGCCCUCUUCAAAUCCAUAUUCACACAGUCCUGAACGUGGCCGGCUGCUGGCCAUCAUGCUUGCUGGCAAGAGGUGAUCAGCUGUGCAGAUCCAGGCCAGAAGGAAGGCACAGGUGCUGCCCCGCAGGUGCAUGGGCAGGUGACCUGCCAGAUACCUGCCCCUCCUCUCAGUCUCUGGGGAGAUCCGUCUACAAGGUUCUCCUGGAUCUUGAAAUGCUUCCCCUUUCUGAAGGCCCACUUGCCACCUGCUCCGAAGAAGCCUCUUUAGCUGAGUGUGGCUCAGACUGGACACUUUGGGAACUCUAACACACGUCCCAGAGGGCCCCAGGGAGGUUCCGCUCUGGAGGGCACACCCAGGAGGUAUGCCUUACCGAGCUGGAAGGAGUCACCCUCUGUUCUGCAAAUGAGUCGCCUGGAGAUGUUAUUGAAAUGCAGAUUCUGAUUCUGUGGGUCUCCAGCAGGGCCCGAGAGUCUGCGUUUCUAACCAGUUCCCAGGUGAUACCCAGGCUGCUGGAUCCCAGCUAUGCCUGGAGUAGCAGGGACAAGGUGUCUGAGCUUUAGGCCUGGCUGACUCUUCCUUCCCCGCUGCUGGAGGCUGCCCAGAGCCACGACCCACCCGCCUCCCCAAAGAGAGGCCUGUGCCCCUGCAGUGGGUGUGGUGGGACAGGAGCCAGAGACCCCAGCUCUGAUCCUCGCUCUUGCACUAACUUGCAGUCACGUCCCCCCUCUGGUCCUCAGCGUCCCUCUCUAGAAAGUGAGUCCUGGAGGCGCGCCCCAUCCCCCAGCUCUGACCAUCAGGGAUCGCAAGAUCCCAGGCUUCCUCGGUCUCUCGUCCCCUGGGGGCACGGGACUGCCUUCCCCGCUGCGGGUGAGCACUGGCCACACCUGGAAAGGGUCUUCAGGGCCGCCGGCUCUUCCCACCUGGUAGAAGGUAGAAAAUCACAGCAGUGAGGCCAGGAGAGCCUUAGAACGUUCCCAGCUGACUGAUGAGAAAGCUGACACCCUGUGAAUCAGGCAGGGCUUGGAGGCGAGUGCUUCUUGCACUAGACGUGCACGGAGGGCCUACUGGGUGCCGAGUGCGGCUCCAGGCCUUCUCUUGGUCGCUGGGUGUUGCUUCUGAGCCCCAGCCUUCUGCUGUGGAGCUGAGUGUAGAACCUGCUCAUGAAGCGGGGCGG